UCGUAUGGCACAUUUGUUUCUGGAUGGAUUUCCCAUGGAGCUCCUAGAUGGAGACGCUGGAUGCAUUCCCAUUGACUGGGUCACAGACGUGUUCGAAGAAGUAAAUAACAUUCUGUUAGGUGAAGUAAACAACAUUCUGAAACGAGACCCCCGCAUAUUUGUGCUGUCUGUGCUGGGCGUGCAGAGCUCAGGGAAGUCCACGCUGCUCAACACCAUGUUUGGGCUGCAGUUCGCAGUGAGUUCUGGUCGCUGUACACGCGGCGCAUUCAUGCAGCUCCUCCGCAUUGACAAUGAAUUAACAGAAGAGCUCGGGUUUGAGUUCAUCCUGGUGAUCGACACAGAAGGGUUAAAAGCACUUGAGCUGGCAACACUCGAAAACAGCUAUGAGCAUGACAAUGAGCUAGCAACACUGGGUAUUGGGAUCGGCAAUGCUACUAUUCUUAAUGUCAAGAUGGAAAAUGCAGAAGAAAUGAAAGACAUUCUGCAGAUUGUUGUUCACGCUUUUUUGAGAAUGACUGAAGGUGGAAAGAAACCCAGCUGCGUGUUUGUUCAUCAGAAUAGUGGAGGCGUCUCUGCUCAUGAGAAGAAUAAACAGGACCAGGAACGUCUUCUUCAGAUACUGAACGAGAUGACUGAGGCAGCUGCAAAAAUGGAAGAAAAAUCGAUGUAUUAUAAACGCUUCACUGAUGUUAUAGAUUAUGAUGCAGAAAACGACAAAUGGUACAUCCCUGGACUCCGGGCUGGUGGUUCAUAUAUGGCUCGGGUCAAUUGUACAUAUAGUGAUGAGGUAUGGAAACUAAAAAAACACCUCCUAGAAAAAUGCAAAAAAAACGCAAAGUUGGGAAACAUUUACACGUUUCCAGAAAUCAGUGGAUGGAUAAAGACGAUGUGGACUGCAAUGAAAAAAGAAACAUACGUCUUCCAUUUCCGGAACUUUCUUGUUCUUGAAGCAUACAACAUGUUAUGCUCUGCAUAUACAGGAUGGGAAUUAAAUCUUCGUAUGAAUAUGAUUUCCUGGAUGCAAAAUGUGUCCAAUAAAGUAAAGCGUAACCAAGAAGUGGCUGAUUUGUUAGAAAAACUAAAAUCUAAUCUCAUAAAAGACAUGGUCAUGAAAUUUGACUUUCUUCAAGUUGUGGGACCCCACACUCUUGAAAACCCAGACAAGAUCAAAGAGUUUAAAAAAGAAGUUUGUGAAGGAAUUAAGCGAGUGAGCUCCGAAAUUAUGAAAGAUUUGUGUGGCUUGGAAAACCUUAACACGUUAUUGGAUGAAAUGCCAGUGAAGCCACAUGAAGAGAUAUUCAAGACUGUGUCUGGCUGUGGGCAACUUUGUCCCUUGUGCAAGGCCCCUUGUGACCGUGGCGGCAGUGCUCACAGGGAGCACGGGGCAGCGAUGCAUUACCCUCAAGGGCUGUGCGGCAGGAAGUGUAGUGACGGAACUCUGAUCGUCAAUGUAUGCACAACGUCUGUGGCAAAGAGCAAAUACUCGUAUCUAGAAGCACACUCGUUCACUAACGAGGAUACUAAGGGAGAGUGGUAUGAGUACAGGAACUAUCGUGAAGUUAAUGACUAUUACAAAUCUUGGGACUUUCCACCCGGAGCCACCAAUUUGGAAGUUUGUUUUGUAUAA